AUGAUUGGCAGUCACUUUCAGGACGAAUCUCGUCAGAUUGCUUCAGAAUAUCGAGGAGGCUUUGAGAGAUAUCCUCGCGUAAAGAAAGAUACUCCUCCCCGAGAGCCUACAGCUGACCUGCCCUCGUACGAUUUGCCUGAUAUCAUGGGUGGCCCAUCCCUUUCGCAUCAGAGCAUCCCAGACGCUACUCCUCUCCUUUCUCACUAUCCCGAGUCGCAACAACCGGAUAUCAUAUUAUGUGCUACGACGGCAGUAGCUCUUAAUGUUUACGAAAUAAUGUGUGAAAAUGCGAUGCAGCGAAUGAACCAUAUCGCGGGCGCCCGCGCUCUCAUUAAGGAGUGCCAAUGGGAUGCCACAAGCAUCGGAAUAGGAGGCGCUUGCUUCUGGCUUAAUGUUGCCAUGGAGUUGUUGAGUUGCCUCCAUUUCAACUGGACAAUGGCUUGGGACCCAGAUACAUGGGAUAUAAAUAUGAACAUGUCACCGCCGGAGAAUAAUAUCACAGGCAAUGAAGAGCUAUGGACCCAUCGGAUGGUGUAUAUCUGUGCAAAAAUUGCUAAUUUCCGAUCAACGAUUCCGCAUUUCCGGAACCCUGAUCCGACAGCGCAUGAUAUGCGAUUGAACGAGCGAAUCCAGGAAUGGAAUACGUAUAAGGAAUGGUGUGACGAGUGGGCAAGAUGCGUACCGCGCUCAAUGAUGCCGCUUGGUUACGUGCAGCCUUGGCAAACACGUUCGAAGUCAUCAUUCCCGGAGGUCUGGCUUAUUCAGCGUACAGCUAUUGUAGGCAGGCUUUUUUAUCACACAGCCUGUUGCCUGCUUGCAGGGAUUCACCCCACGGAAACCGAGAAUAUGACGGCGAUGCAACAGAGCCAUGCCCAUGAUAUUUGCGGAAUUGUGGCACAUGUGAAAGACAGAGGCGUCGCCAGCGUUUCCAUCCGCUGCCUUGCCAUUGCCGCGGAAUGCCUGACCAACCGACUAGCACAAGAAGAAGUUUUGCGAAUUUUCGAAAAAAUUGUGAAAGAAACAGGUUGGCAGGUCGACUUUUUGCGCAUCGAACUGAUGGAGAAGUGGGGAUGGAGACAAAAUGAUAAUAACGACAACAACAAUGAUACUAUUAAUAUUCAUAAUAAUGAUGAUGAUGAUGAUAAUGAUAAUGAUAAUAAUAGCUCCCUCCCGCAACAACAUGGGCAGCAACCGCCGACUGUCUCAACAACGCCAGGGCCAUCCUUACCGCCAUCCUUACUCCCCUCGUCACUUCUGAAUCAUGGCUCCUCUAAUCCUGACACGAGUGGACGCAGCCCAAUUCCGUCCCGCCCACGGAUGCCUCAGGGAAUCGUGAACCCUCUUAUGGCUACUGCGGACUUUUCGUAUGAGAACCAUCCAUACCAGAGCCAUUACGUUGCGCCGCAUAGUCACAAUCAGAUGGAGUAUUCGCAUUACGAAUCUUACUGA